AUGACAGUUCUAUCAAGAGAUGAGGUACUUAAAUGUAUAGAAUCAGGUGAAAUAUCAAUUAGUCCAUUUGAUCCAGAUGCACUUGGCGGUGCCACAUUGGAUCUAACAUUGUCAAAUGAAUUUAGAGUGUUUUCAAAAGAAUCUGAAACCAUUCUUGUCACUGAUGAAACCAACUAUAGAGAUUAUACCAAACAUUUUGUACUAGGCGAAGGAGAGACUUUCAUUUUAGAGCCAAGAUCAUUGGUUUUGGCCAUCACCAAAGAGACGGUCUUCGCUCUCUCCCAACUAUUGUGGUCUACUAGAAGAAUGGGACUCUUUGUUCACUUGUCUACAGGUUUCAUGCAACCAUCCACCUCUAGUCCAACGGUUCUCGAAAUAUUCAAUGCAUCCAACAAUCGUUUGGAACUAAAACCUGGAUCUAAAAUGUGUCAACUUAUUUUUAUGAAAAUGGAAGGACAAGCUUCUUAUACUGGUAGAUUUAGAGAUAAUCAUUUACACAAGAAGAGUAAUAGAGCAUUAAAAGAUGUCAAAGAAAUCUUCACUCCAGGUCACUCUAUGGAGUUCUUCCACAAGCCAGGAAAUUCGCUCAUCGAACGUGCUGAAUUGAACGCCUCUCGUAAGGCCCUCCAAGACAAGAGAUCAAACGAAUUUGGUCAUGAAGUCUUAAGUGGAUUCGGUACCAUCAAGAGCCCAGUCAUUGUUGAAUCAAUCUUUGACAACAGAAUCGUUGGAUGUGAAGGUGGUGAUGGUGAAGAACACGACUUGGUCUUCCACAAGCUCACUGCCAAGAAGCCAAUCAUCUGCGUUGAUUGCGGUCAAGCAUUCAAGCUCAAGAAGAUCAGCACUGAAAACGAAGUCAUGUACUACUAA